AUGGAAACGUCCAACUGUUCUCCCCUUCAGCUGCAGGAGAACUCCUUGUUCUUUGACUACGAUCUUCUUCUAGAGAAGUCUCCAGCUUUUGAUCCGUCCUCAGAUCCUGGUUAUGUCAGCGCGGGCAGCAGCCUUUCUCCUACCUCCUCUGUGGACUCGUUCUGCUUCUCGCCCGGCUCCCUCCAGGCCUCAGUAAACGAGCAAGAUGCCUUGAACCGUUUCCUCUUGAGCAGCUCUGCGGAGCCCCAAACAUCCCAAACAAAGGAGACCAUCCUCAGCUCAAGACACUCCUCUUCACCGGCUGUCCCCUUGAGGAAAUCCAGGUCCAAAUAUCCAAGUAAAAAGCGACAGACCGCAAGCGAGAGGGAGAAGCUGAGGAUGAGGGAUCUGACCAAAGCUUUGCAUGAGCUCAGGACCUACCUUCCUUCCUCUGUGGCUCCAGCCGGACAGGUCUUAACCAAAAUCGAGACGCUGCGGCUCACCAUUCGAUACAUCUCCUACCUGUCAGAGCAGCUGGGGCUCAGCCAGGAGGUCCUGGAGCAGCGGAGAUCAGGAAGCUUCGUGGAGCAGGUCCAAACACUCAGCCAGUUCCUGGGUCAACCAACGGCUGUGAACACAGAGCAGCUCUCAUGUCUGCAGCAUCCAUGUCAGGAUUUAGGUGACAGGUUCUACACCAGCCAGCAGUCCUGGAGGCACGACGAUCAAUCAGAACCUUUCACAUUUACUGGACAGUACUGA